GAUACGACACUGUUUUCGCGGCUCAGCCGCCAAAACCCUAAACCCUGCUACAAAUUUCUGGACUACUCUCUCUCUCUAUCUCUCUCUCUCGGUGUAGAACUUUCCAUUUCUCUUCGUUCUCUUUCACUUCACCAAUCCCCAAACUUUUCGAACAUGUACCGCUUCGUUGCCAAUCUAGCCUCCAGAGCCCGGGGCGCUAGGAACGGUACUUACCAGAUUGGCAGUAGGUUGGCUUGGAGCAGAAACUAUGCUGCUAAAGACGUCAAAUUUGGAGUUGAAGCGCGGGCUUUGAUGCUUAGGGGCGUUGAAGAGCUCGCCGACGCUGUCAAAGUGACAAUGGGCCCGAAAGGCCGCAAUGUUGUCUUGGAACAAAGUUUUGGUGGCCCAAAAGUGACAAAGGAUGGUGUUACAGUGGCAAAAAGUAUUGAGUUUAAAGACAGAAUCAAGAAUGUUGGUGCGAGUCUUGUAAAGCAGGUUGCAAACGCUACGAAUGAUGUUGCUGGUGAUGGUACAACUUGUGCAACAAUACUUACCCAUGCAAUAUAUUCUGAGGGAUGCAAGUCAGUAGCAGCUGGAAUGAAUGCCAUGGACUUGAGACGUGGUAUCACAAUGGCAGUUGAUGCAGUGGUGACAAACUUGAAGAGCAGAACAAAAAUGAUCAGCACAUCUGAAGAAAUAGCCCAGGUUGGAACAAUAUCAGCCAAUGGGGAGAGAGAGAUUGGUGAACUUAUAGCUAAAGCUAUGGAGAAAGUUGGCAAAGAGGGGGUUAUUACCAUUGCUGAUGGGAAAACGUUGCAUAAUGAACUGGAAGUGGUUGAAGGAAUGAAGCUGGACAGAGGUUUCAUCUCACCUUAUUUCAUUACAAACCCAAAGACCCAAAAAUGUGAACUGGAAGAUCCACUGAUAUUAAUUCAUGAGAAAAAAAUCUCAAGCUUAAAUGCUGUUGUGAAAGUAUUGGAGUUGGCCCUGAAGAGGCAAAGACCGUUGCUGAUUGUUUCUGAAGAUGUGGAAAGUGAAGCACUAGCAGCUCUCAUCUUGAACAAGCUUCGUGCUGGAAUCAAGGUUUGUGCCAUUAAAGCUCCUGGAUUUGGAGACACCAGGAAGGCCAAUCUUCAAGAUCUUGCUAUUCUUACAGGAGGCCAGGUCAUAACUGAUGAAUUGGGUUUGGACCUUGAAAAGGUUGGACUUGAAAUGCUUGGAACAUGCAAAAAAGUUAGCAUAUCCAAGGAUGACACGGUUGUCCUUGAUGGGGCUGGUGACAAGAAAGCCAUUGAGGAAAGAUGUGAACAGCUGAGAACUUCAAUUGAAUUAAGCACUUCUGAUUAUGACAAAGAGAAGCUACAAGAGAGACUAGCAAAACUUUCUGGUGGUGUUGCUGUAUUGAAGAUUGGAGGUGCCAGCGAAGCUGAGGUUGGUGAGAAGAAAGAUAGAGUUACUGAUGCUUUGAAUGCAACGAAGGCAGCUGUGGAGGAAGGGAUUGUUCCUGGUGGUGGUGUUGCUCUUCUUUAUGCCUCAAAGGUGCUGGAAAGGCUUCACACUGCAAAUUUUGAUCAAAAGAUUGGCGUCCAGAUAAUUCAGAAUGCUCUAAAGGCGCCAGCAUAUACAAUUGUUUCCAAUGCAGGAGUCGAGGGGGCAGUAGUUGUUGGCAAGCUAUUGGAACAGGAUAACCCUGAACUCGGAUAUGAUGCAGCUAAAGGUGAAUAUGUAGACAUGGUUAGGGCAGGAAUUAUUGAUCCACUGAAGGUCAUUAGAACAGCAUUGAUAGACGCUGCAAGCGUGUCAUCUCUGUUGACUACAACAGAAGCUGUUAUCGUGGAGCUCCCCAAGGAUGACAAGGAAGCUCCAGCAAUUGGAGCAGGAAUGGGUGGCAUGGAUUAUUGAGGAUACAAGGUUCCCUGAAUCUCCCAACUAUUCUUUCUUUUUAAGUUAAAUCAAAAGCAUUGCCACAAAGAACUGAAAAUUUAGGUAGAUUUUGAAAUUGAAGAGGACCCUUUUUGUUUAGGCUUUCUUAUUCCUUUCAUUGAUCUUAUCAAAUCCUCCUACUGAUUCUUCUCAACGUUGUCUUGGCAUUCAUUACUCCCACCUGUUAAGAUGCUUAUAUCCCCUCCAAUUAGUGAUAGUUCUUCUCAUAUUUGUACAUGCUUCUCUGGAUGGGAUUCUAUUAAUCUCAAAAUGCAUUAAAUUUUGUACUUCA